GGGACCACCGGCCCUGCACCUGCUGCUCUCGCCAUGGCCACUGACGGUGAGCCCGGCCGCCGCCGCCGCUGCUGCGCGCAGGACACGCCCGAUGCUCCCAAGGUCCCGGAUUCCCGCGGUGACAGUGACGGCUCCCGCCGGGGCUCCCUCUACGACCGGCACUGCGCUGCCAUCAACAAUGCGCAGGGGGACCUGGGGGACCUGGGCUGCCACCUGCACCGUCCCCGUGUCCCCCCAGCCACGUCCACCCCGUCCUGCUGCCAGCAGCACUCGGAGGAGGUGUGCGAGAGCUGCGUGGUGAAAACCACCCUGACGGCCGAGAACGCCGUGGAGGCCAACAAGCUCUCCAACAACUACAAGUUUGGCUUCAAGAAAUGGAAGAGCCACGUGACGGCGCGGCCGUGGGAGGACCGGUCAGAGAUUGUCAAGGAGCUCUACUCAGACCUCAACAUCAUCCGAGGCUCUGGAGGGUCCACGCUGACGUGUGGGAAUGUCCUUUACCUGCUGCUCUUUGGCUGGUGGCUCUCGCUCCUCUACGUCCUCGUGGCUGCCGUGAUGUUCAUCACCAUCAUGGGGGCUCCUUAUGGCAGGCUCUGCUGGGACCUGGCCGGGUAUUUCCUCUGGCCCUUUGGCAAAGUGAUCCAGAAAGUGGAGGUGCCCAAAUCCCAUCAGGCGUGUGAGGCCGGCGUGGGGGAGAGCUCAGCCCUGCUCGGGGGUCCCACAGCGCUCCGCUGGCGCCCGCGGUGCUGGGUGGGCACUGGAUACUGGCACCGUGCCAGCACCGCAGUGUGGCUGUGCCUGGGCUACCCGCUGCUGGCGCUGGCCCACGGGCUGGUGUGUGUCACCGCGUGGCUCCUCAUCGUCCUCAUCCCCGUGGCCAAGCUGAGCGCCCGCGCCGCCUCCCGCGUCCUGCUGCUGCCCCCGGAGCGCGUGCUCAUCCGCUGCCUGAGGAUGACAGAGGUGCCUCUGGAGGGAGAGGUGAUUCUCUGCUGCUACCGCGCCGCCAACCCCUACUACUACAAAUACGCCGUGGACGGCAUCAACGUCUUCGCCGUCAACCUGCUGCCACUGGUGCUGGUGACGCUGGUGCUGGGCUACGUGGACAGCCCCAACCACCUGACCGGCUCCGCCGUCAAGUUCACCUUGGCGCUGCUCUCCAUCAUGCCCCUCUCCUACUACAUCGGCAUGGCCAUCGCCAGCAUCUCAGCCCAGAGCAAUUUCGCGGUGGGAGCGGUGGUGAACGCCACGUUCGGCUCCAUCACUGAGCUCACCUUCUACAUCACCGCCCUCAUCAAGGGCUCGCGGGAGGGCAACCGCUGCUACGCCGAGGUGGUCAAGUCUGCGUUGACAGGGACACUGGUGGGCUGUGUCCUCUUUGUGCCGGGUCUGUGCAUGGUGAUCGGGGGCAUCCGGCACCAGGAGCAGCGGUUCAACAGCCGCUCUGCGGGUGUCAGCUCGGCCCUGCUCUUCCUCUCCGUGGGAGGUGUCUUUGCUCCAACGCUCUUCUCCAAGGUGUAUGGAAAGCUGGUCUGUGGCGAGUGCCACAACGUCACCCAGAACCCGCUGGGCCACUACCUCUGCCACAACUGUCACUUUGACCUGAUGGACAACAACGGCACCCUCUACUACAGCCAUGUCCAACCCCUGGUGUACACGGUGUCCAUCCUGCUGCCUGCUGCCUACCUCAUCGGGCUCUUCUUCACCCUCAAAACCCACACACACAUCUACGACAUCCACAUCAGCGACUGCCACAUGCCUGGCCACCACCACAGUGCCGUGGUCCAUUGGUCCCGCUGGCGGGCCCUGGUCAUCCUCCUGCUCUCCACCCUCUGCAUGUCGGCCUGUGCUGACCUGGCCACGGAGCACAUCAGCCCCAUCCUCACCAACUCCACCAUCUCACAGUACUUCAUCGGUGUCACCGUGCUGGCAAUGGUGCCCGAGCUGCCAGAGAUUGUCAAUGGCAUCCAGUUUGCCCUGCAGAACAAUCUGAGCUUGAGCAUUGAGAUCGGGAACUGCAUCGCGGUGCAGGUCUGCAUGCUCCAGAUCCCCAUCCUGGUGCUCUUCACCAUCUUCUACCCAACCAACUUCACACUUGUCUUCAGUGACCUCCACGUCUACGCCAGCAUGUUCAGCGUGGUGCUCAUGAACUACAUCUUCAUGGAUGGCAAAUGUGACUAUUUCCAAGGCACGGUGCUGGUCAUGGUUUACUUCAUCCUCCUGGCUGUGUAUUUCUUCGCCCCGUCGCCCAGCGGCUGCUGAGGUUUGGAUUCUUGGAUUCUCCUUUCUCCAACGCCCUCGUUGGGAUCAGCACCCAUCAAGACCUUUUCCAGUGUCUCAGGGACUUGGCCGGGCUGGCUCCGGUCUGGAAGCGCCGUUCCUGAAGCUCCUGCUGCUGCUGGGCUCCCCCUGUGGGGCUUCAGGGAUGGGAAGGGUGGUGGCAAUGGGGUCGCUCCCGAAAUGAGGAGCCUCAAAACACAUCACACAGGCAUUUCCAGCCCACACUCGAGUGGCUGGAAGGAAAACUGUCCUUAGAGGAGGGUCUUGAAGGGGAUUUCUGCGUGUCUCGAGGACAGACCCCUCCCUGGGGAUGUGCUGCACUGGGAGAAGGUGCCUGAGAAGUCCCUCAUCCUCCCAGGCCUGGGAAUUGCACACGGGAUGUUUGAUGGCACCAGAAAAGCACCCAAAGGUAUUUUCAGCUGUUUUGUCAUUAAAGCAGUUUUGUACAAAUCAGAAA